AUGGAAGAAGCAAUGGAGAAUUUGAAUUUGAUGGAUGACGAAGAGGAUGCUUUUCAAGAGGAUGAAGGAGCGGUGGGUCGGGUUAAUCAACUAUGUCUGGUGGGACGGUGCCUAACAGACAGUGUUGUUCAUUUCCCGUCAUUAUGCAACACUUUGGCAGAUCUUUGGCACCCAAUAGGAGGGAUUUGUAUAACGGAGAUAGGAGAAAAACGGUAUCUUUUCCAAUUUUUUCAUGAGAUCAAUAUUGAAAGGGUUGUUACGGGGGCUCCAUGGUUUUUUAAUAAUCAUUUACUUAUUCUGCAAAAAAUACCUGCCGAAGGGAACCCAGUGGUGAUGGAGUUAAAUCACACGGAGUUUUGGAUUCAAGUUCACGACUUACUGCCAGGACUGAUGAGUGUCUCGAUGGCCAAACAGUUUGGUGAUUUCUGUGGCAAGUAUAUUGAGUAUGAUGCAUCCAUCCCGACUUUGGGAAUUCAACAUUAUAUGCGUAUUCGUAUCUGUUUAAAUGUUGCUGCCCCGUUGAAGCGAAAAAAGAAAGUUUUGAUAGGGAAAUCUAUGGUGGUUUAUGCUAGAUUUAAGUAUGAGAAAUUAAGUUUAUUUUGCUUUAUUUGCGGAAAACUGGGGCACGGGGAAAGUUACUGCCCUGUUAGACUGACUAUUGAACCGUCAAAAAUAGUCUUUGGUUGGGAUUUAUCGCUGCGUGCUGUGGUCAGGCGUCUGAAUAUGGUGGUAAGUAGGUAG